AUGAUGUUUGCUUCCCUGGUGCUGCUGUUUGCUGCCCUUCCUGUAGCAAAAGGCAGCCCUGUGCCACACGCAUCCGGCCGUGACAAAGUCCUCCUGGUGUCCUUCGAUGGCUUUCGGUGGGACUACGACCAGGACGUGGACACCCCCAACCUGGAUGCGAUGGCUGCAGAGGGGGUGAAGGCACGCUACAUGACCCCCGCCUUCAUCACCCUCACCAGCCCGUGCCACUUCACACUGCUGACCGGGAAAUACCUGGAGAAUCAUGGCGUCGUCCACAACAUGUGGUUCAACACCAGCACUGGGGUGAAGCUGCCCUACUACACCACGCAGGGCAUCGACAGCUGGUGGGACAACGGCAGCCUGCCCAUCUGGAUCACGGCACAGAGGCAGGGUUUAAAGACAGGCUCCAUCCAUUUCCCUGGGACAAAAGCAAAAUAUCAAGGAGAAGAAGUGAGCCUGAAGCUGGUGGAGCCUCCCCUGUUCAACUACAGCAACGAAACCGUUUGGAGACAGAACAUUGACACUGCCAUGGAAUGGUUCACAGUGAACAACCUCGACUUCAUCACUCUCUACUUUGGUGAGCCAGACUCAACAGGACACAAAUACGGCCCCGAAUCCACGCAGAGGAGAAACAUGGUCAGCCAGGUGGACCAAACCAUCGGCUACUUAAGGCAGAGGAUCAGGGAAAGCGGCUUGGAAUCAAACCUCAACCUCAUCAUCACAUCUGACCACGGCAUGGAGACAGUCAUAAAGAGCGACGAGAUCCACCUCCGGAAUGUCGAGAACUUCACAUUCAGUGACAUCCAGUUUGAACUCUUAGAUUACGGACCCAACGGGCUGCUGAUACCAAAAGAAGGGAAAUUAGAGCACGUGUAUUCAGUCCUGAAAAAUGCCCACCCAAAGUUACACGUGUACAAAAAAGAAGAGUUUCCAAAGAGAUUCCACUACGCCAACCAUCCCCGGAUCACCCCGCUCUUGAUGUACAGUGAUCCAGGAUAUGUGAUCCAUGGGAGAUACAAGGUGCAGUUCAACACGGGAGAGCACGGCUUUGACAACGAAGCCAUGAACAUGAAAACCAUCUUCCGCGCCGUGGGGCCGGCCUUCAAGCAGGGGCUCAUAGCGGAGCCGUUCGAAAGCGUCAACGUCUACGCUCUGCUCUGCGAGCUGUUGGGCAUCGUGCCGGAACCUCACGACGGUUCUCUGGACGCCACGAGGUCGAUGCUGCGUUCCAGCGCUCCUCUCCUUGCUGUAACAAAGCUGCCAGUGAUGCUGGGAAUCGCUCUCAUCUUGAGCUGCUGGGGAGGAGCAUACUAA